AUGUCCUAUUCAAUACAAGAGAGGACAAAUAGUAAUAAUACUACCAAUAGUAUUAAUAGUAAUAAUAAUAAUAUUAAUAAUAAUAAUAAUAAUAUUAAUAAUAAUAAUAAUAAUAUUAUUAAUAAUAAUAUAAUGAAUGGGAAACAACAACAACAAAAUUUUAAUAAUUGGAUUUCUGGUAAUAGUAUCAGCAUAAAUCCAAUUGGAAAUAAUAGUAAUAAUAAUAAUACAAGUAAUUUAAUUCAUUUAAAUAAUGGUAGUGAUAUUUUAAGUGGAAGUGGAAGCACAAGUAGUAGAUUUUUUGUAAAUAAUGGAAAUGGUAAAGUUUUAGGUUUAAAUAGUUUUAGUGCAAUUGAUUCAUUAGACUAUAGAAAUAAAUUAGUGGGGCCUAUACCUCAACCUCAACAAUCUUUACAACAACCACCAAAUUCUAAUAAUAAUAAUAAUAAUAAUAGUAUAAGUAAUAAUAGUAAUAAUAAUAUCAAUAAUAAUAUCAAUAAUAAUAAUAAUAAUAAUAAUAAUAAUAAUAAUAAUAAUAAUAAUAAUAAUAAUAAUAAUAAUAAUAACAAUAACAAUAAUAAUAAUAAUGAUAAUAAUAGUAAUUACCAACAACAACAAUUAUAUAUACAACAAAAAUUAUUACAACAACAAAAUAUAUUUAAUCAACCUUUUCACCAUGAUAAUUUUAUAAAUUCAUCUGAAGAUAUAAAGAUAGCAACACAAACAGCAAAUGCAAAUUAUAUACAACAACAAAUUCUUUUAAAUGUAGCUUCUACAGGUGUAAAUAAUAAUAAUAAUAAUAUAAAUAGUAAUAAUAGUAAUAAUAAUAGUAGUAGUAAUAAUAAUAAUAAUAAUAAUAAUAAUAAUAAUAAUAAUAAUAAUAAUAAUAAUAAUAAUAAUAAUAGUAAUAAUAAUAAUAGUAGUAAUAGUAAUAAUACUACAAAUAAUGGUAACAAUAGUCAAAAAUAUAAUAGUUUAAAUGGUUCCAGUAAUGGCACCAAUAAUUUUGUAAAUAGUUUAAAUAAUGUAGAUGAUAAUAAUUUAAAAAUAAAUGGGAUUUAUAAUAUAAAUAAUAAUAAUAAUAUAAAUAAUAAUAAUAAUAUAAAUAAUAAUAAUAAUAAUAACAAUAAUAAUAAUAAUAGUAAUAUAAAUAAAAGUAAUAUGAACAGUAAUAGUAAUAAUAGUUUAAAUGGUAAUAUUAAUAUUAAUGGAAAUAGUGCAAAUAUUAUAAAUAACAAUAGUAGUAGUAAUAAUAAUAAUAAUAAUAAUAAUAAUAAUAAUAAUAAUAAUAAUAAUAAUAAUAAUAAUAAUAAUAAUAAUAGUAAUAAUAAUAAUAAUAAUAAUAGUAAUAAUAAUAUAAAUGGAUUGAUAAAUCAUUCACCAAGUUUAGGUUUAAGACCAAUUUCUCCAUCAAAUAUAUCUCAAUUGUUUUCUAUAUCACAAAUUGUUCAACCACCAAUAUCUUCAGCGUUUGACAUGGAAAAUAAUAAUAAAUAUUCUUUUGAUUAUGACUUUGGUUUACCACAACCUCAAUUUUUCACAACACAACCACCUCAACAACAAAAAACUUUACAACAAUUCCAAUUACACCAACAACAACAACAACAACAACAACAACAACAACAACAACAACAACAACAACAACAACAACAACUUCACCAACAACAAUUUAAACAACCAGUACCACAAAAAUCACCACAAAUCCUUCACCAGCCCUCAAUUAGCAGUAUUCACCAAAAUAAUAAUAAUAAUAAUAAUAUCGAUUUCUUAUCACAACAAAUCAACCAAAUUCAGUUACAACAACAAUCACCCAAUAUUCAACCAUCAAAUAAAUCUCUUUCACCACCCCAAAAUUUACAAAAUGGUUUAAAUAAUAGCAAUAAUAAUAUAAUUACAAAUUAUAGUACAAAUAAUAAUAAUAAUAAUAAUAAUACAAAUAAUAAUUAUAAUAAUAGUAAUAGUAAUAAUAAUAAUAAUAAUAAUAAUAAUAAUAAUAAUAAUAGCAAUAAUACUAAUAUUACAGCUGCAACUGCCAUUCAACAGGCAGCAGUAGCACAACAACAAGCAGCUGCUGCUCAACAGGAACAGCUCAGACAAGAACAAUUAAAACAACAAGAGCAAGCAAAACAACAACAAGAGCAAGCAAAACAGCAACAACAACAACAAUUAUUACAACAACAAGAGCAAGCAAAACAACAACAGGAGCAAGCAAGACAACAACAAGAGCAAGCAAAAAUUCAACAAGUUCAACCAACAUCAUCGUCAUCACCAACACCAUCACCAACACCUUCACCAACAUUAUUGAAUAGUAACCAAGAUUUAUCAAACUUUUUGGACGAAACAAACUUCCCAACAUUAAAUAAUUCAAAUAAGGAUUUAAGAAAGAGUCAAACUUCAACCAUCAACAUACCACAAUCACCAGUUACAAAUGGACUUUCAUCUUCACAAGAUGAUAAAUUGAAGAGCAGAAAGAAAUUGGAAACAAGUCAAGGUGGUUUAAAUAGUUCAAAAGAUUCCUUGGCAACUGCCAUCACCAAAUCAAUGGCUGCCAAUUCAUCACCCACCAGUGUUACCACUACUGUCUCCAUCAAUGGUAGUGGUUCUAAUAGUUUGAGUACAAGCGCAACAAAUAUUAACACCUCCACUCAAGAAAGUGAAAAAAUCAAAUUAUCUUGGUUUGAAUUCCAAACACUUUCAAAUUCAAUUGGAGAUGGUGAAGAUGAAGAUCAUUUACCAAGUAGAGUACUUUGGGUAGGAAAUAUUGGUAUGGACGUUUCAGAAGAUGAUUUGAAAUAUGAAUUUGGCUCAUUUGGUGAGUUAGAAAGUGUACGUAUCUUACAUAAUAAAUAUUGUGCUUUUGUAAACUUUAAAGAUACCAACGAAGCAAUCAAUGCUAAAAAAGGAAUGCAUAAUCAAGUUUUGGGUAGCCAAUACAUCGUUGUAAACUUUAGACAUCCAAAAUCUGAUGAUUUUAUCAAUGGUGUCCCAGUUGUACCAAUCACAACACCAGAAACCCUCAACUCUAUAUCAAGAGCAAUUUACAUUGGUAAUGUAAGUGAUAACCUUCCAGAGAAGGAAAUAAGAAAAGAAUGUGAAAAAUAUGGUGAAAUUGAAAGCAUUCGUAUCUUAAGAAAAAAAGCUUGUGCCUUUGUAAACUUUAUGAACAUUCCAAAUGCUACUGCUGCUUUACAAACUUUAAACGGUAAAAAAUUAGGUGAUACUAUCGUUAGAGUUAAUUAUGGUAAAGUUAGUCAAAGUACAACUAAUACAAAUUCAAAUAAUACUGGAAAUAAGAAAUCAAAUAAAAAGAAAUAA